UAAAUGCAAUCUAAGCAAUAACAUUAAAUUGCAUACCAUUUGCUAGUGAGUCCAUAAUUUGUUUGAGAUUUUAAGUUCCUAGUUAGAACAAAUAAAAUGGCUAUUGCUCGCUUAGCAUUCCUUGCAAUUUCCAUGGUUUUGAUUUCUUCAGUUGCCAUAGCAACUGAUCAUAUUGUGGGUGAUGAUAAGGGUUGGACUAUUGAUUUUAACUACACUCAGUGGGCUCAAGACAAGGUUUUCCGUGUUGGUGACAACCUUGUGUUCAAUUAUGACAACUCAAAGCACAAUGUCUUCAAAGUGAAUGGUACACUCUUCCAAAAUUGCACUUUUCCACCAUCAAACGAAGCACUUUCCACUGGAAAAGAUGUUAUUCCAUUGAAAACCGGAGGAAGAAAAUGGUACAUUUGUGGUAAAGCUAAUCAUUGUGCUGCUCAUCAAAUGAAGUUUGUAAUCACUGUUCUUGCAGAUGGUGCACCUGCUCCUUCUCCAACUUCUAACGCUCACACUAUUGUAUCGUCUUUGUUUGUAGGAGUUGUGGUAGUUUUGUCAACCAUCUUUGUUUGAGAGAAAUUGUGUCACUUCUCUAUCUUUGUUAUGUUAUUCAAAUAAGAGUUUGCAUUGGCAACUUGGCAAGACAUAUUGCCAUCUUUCUUUUAAAUUUUUUCAAUUAAUUAUAUAUGAAGAUUUUUUUCUUCUAAUUAUUGUACUUUAAUCCAAUAUUGAUUAUGACACGUGAUAAUACAAACCAAGUUGUUUAAA